AUGGCCAAGACUUCGCCUUCCAAGCCCAAGUCUAGUGAUGGUAAACCCAAGUCUAGAUCCAAGCCUGCGUCCAAGGUGAGAGAGAGAGGAUGCUCGAUCCAAGCCAGAAAGCGAUUCGGAGCAGAAACCUACAAGCCUAAAUCCGGAGCUAAAAAGAGCAAAAAGGCGAUCGGCGAAAGUGAAAGCGAGGGAGAAGAUAAGGCUCCGCCGGCUAUACAGAAGUCUAAAAAACGUAAAGCCGACUCUGAAGAGGAUGAAUCUUCUCCGCCUCCAGCUUCCAAAUCACGUAAACGCAAGUCUGAGGGUGGAACUGAAAAACCAAAGACUGGUAAAAAGCCUAGGGCCUCUACCAAGUCCAAGGCUCAAGUCGACUCGGACGAAAGCGAGCCCGAAGCCCCGCAGCCUUCCAAAUCUAAACGAAAACAAAAAGAGGAAAGUCCUACGAGCGAUGUGAUGGAUAUGGACGGCGAGCCUGAACUUUCAGAUGAGGAAGAAUCAUCUGCACCAGCCAAGGGCGCCAAAAAGGAACGGAAGCGUAAACAGGCUGCAGUAAUUAAGUCGCGCGAGUUUAUUGAGGAUUCGGACGAUGAGGAAUCAUUCAAUGCUCCUCCCCCGCCCACAUCUACUUCUGGCAAAGCCAAGGCUGCCAUAUCAAAAACGAAUACGCCGAAGACUCCAAGCAAGUCCAAGGGAAAGGUUAAACCAAAGGAUCAUAACAAGGGAAAGGACACAGAUGGUGACGGCGAUUUGCGGAGCGAGUCGGAGAUCGAUGUACUGCUUGAGCAAAACUCAUCCCCUGCAAAAGGAGCAGAGAAGGAUGGUGCCAAAGGACGGGGCAAAUCCAAAUCUGACGCUAAGGAACCUAAGGAGCCCAAACCCAAAAAAUCACGAGGAAAGGAACUUAGUAAGGACGAAGAGGCGAUCAAAAGGCUCAAGUCCUUUAUCGUUGCUUGCGGGGUGCGCAAAGUAUGGUCUAAAGAAUUCAAAGACAAGCCAAACCCAAAUCAGCAAAUCGCACACUUGAGAAAUAUUUUGACAGACCUCGGAAUGGGCUCCCGCCCAAGUAUGGAACAAGCACGCGCCAUCAAAAUACGCAGGGAACUUGCCCAAGAACUUGAGGAUGUCAAAGAGUUUGAUGCUGUUGUAAAUGCACCCCGUAGAGGUCGCGCUGCUGCACCUAGACAUUCACUUGCCGAACCUGGAGGAGCCGCGGAUCCCAAAAGCGAGGAUGAUGAGGAUGAAGACGAUGACGAAGAAGAGAAGCCUGUACCAAAAAGGAAAUCUGCGUUUAGUUUCUUGGCAGGUCAAAGUAGUGAUGAGGAAUAG